AUGUUGGCUGUAGGAAAUGAAGUGGCUGUGAUGGAACUGAUAGAGGCUCUGGGAAUCGAGGCUCUGCGUGGACACAAUACGAGCUGUCCGCAGCCUCCAUCCAAUGUGGUCCGAGUGUUCAUCAGCUCAACUAUUUCAGAUUUGGCCAGUGAAAGAAAUGCCUUUUGGGAGAAAGCAUAUCCUGAAUUACAAGGCUUCUGUCAGAAUCUUGGCCUUGUCUUUGAGGUUGUGGAUUUCAGAUGGGGCAUGUCCGAUUCAAUAAUCGGUGAUCACAUUACGACUGAAUUGUGCCUGCAGGAGAUCAAGUUAUGUCAGAAAGUUUCUGCUGGUCCUAGUUUUCUUGCUUUUGUAGGGACUCAGUAUGGUGCCCGUCCCCUCCCACGCUUCAUAUCAGAAAGCGAGUUUGAUGUACUGCUAUCCAAAUUGUCCAAGGACCGAGAAGGCUUGACACUUGUUAAGAAAUGGUUCAUUAGAGAUGAUAACUCGGUACCACUGAAAUACAUCCUACAGCCAAUCAGCAUCCACUAUCCUUAUUACAAUGACACAACACCUGAGGCUAGAGCACAACACGAUGGGAAUGUUUUGUCCUGGAAUCUCACUGAAGCUCGGCUGUUGCAGCUUUUAUGCAGUGCAGCACUACAAGCCGAGAAGGACGGGGACAUCAGUCCUGAGCAGAAGCACAAGUUCUUCAAGUCAAUGACUGAGUGGGAGCUGGAAGACGGGUUUCUCAGAUGUCAGCAGGAUCAGGACCAGCCUUUAGCUGUCAUCUUCAUGAAGGAACUUGCUAAUUUAAAGAAAAGUGAAUACAAUAAGCAUGCCAGCAAGUUUUUGGAUGUCACAGCUGAUGGUCUCUUGGACACUGAGGCCCAGGAACUCUUGACCAAUCUAAAACAACGCAUCAACAAUGCCUGCUUAGGCAAACUUGAAAUCCAGAGCUUGGAACUUAACAAUGCUGCUAUUGAUGUGAACCGUAAAGAACACAGGAACUAUCUGGAGAAAUUUUGUGAGCAGGUCAUGUCUCAGAUAAAGAGCAAGAUUAACAGACAAGCACCUCCGAUCAUAGAUGGAGGGUCGCUUUGGCUUCAACAGGAACUUUUUCAUCAUGCAAAUUUAAGUUAUCAGAGAUGUUCUGUUUUUACUGGAAGAGACGGUCUUCUUGCCAAGCUUGGCCUCAUAAUAUGGGAAUCUACAAAUUUUCAUCACCCCCCUCUUAUUGUAUACGGUCCUCCGGAAACUGGUAAGACUGCUCUGUUGUGCAAGCUAGCCCAGCAGAUGCUAGCUGUCCUGGAACCACAAGCUGUGGUCGCUCUACGUCUGCUUGGUACGUCUCCGCUCAGCACAGAUGCCGACUCUGUUCUUAGGGGAAUUUGUUUUCAGGUUUGCGGAGCUUUUGGGCUGGCAACCCCCUGCCCACAGACAGCAAAAUCACAUGACAAGUUGGUAACGUUCUUUCAUGCCAUGCUGCAACAAGUGUCCAAAAAAGGAGAAACCCUUGUGCUUAUCCUUGAUUCUCUGGACCACCUAUCACAGACCAGCAAUGCUCAUACGUUGCAGUGGAUUCCCAAAGAAAUUCCACCCAACGUGCAUUUAGUCAUGUCAGCCCUGAACCAUGGUUCUCCCUUAAAGAAACUUAAUGAAAUGUUUAACGAUGAAACAUUUUUCCUUCAAGUUGAGCCUUUGACUUCUGGUCAAGGGCAGGCCAUCAUUGAUGCCAGUAUGAGUGCUGCUGGACAGAGACUCACGUCAGAACAGGUGCAGGCUAUUCUCCAAAGCUUCCACAAGACUGGAAGUCCCUUACAUCUUAAACUAAUUCUGGACAUGGCAAAGCAGUGGUCAUCCUACACCAAUAUGUCUGAGAUUUAUCUUGGCAGCUCAGUGCAGGAAAUUAUAUCAUUAUUUCUCCAAAGGCUGGAAAUAAAGCAUGGCGAGAGACUGGUCUGCCACGCUCUGGGUUACAUCAGCCUAUCCAGAUGUGGCUUAUCGGAGGCAGAACUUCGAGAUGUUUUGUCUUUAGAUAACGAUGUCCUGGCAGAGGUCUAUCAGAGCUGGCUUCCUCCAAGUCACACACUUAUACGCUUUCCUCCUCUACUUUGGGCACGCCUCAAACACGACCUAGGGGAUUAUCUAAUGGAACGAUGGGAAAAUGGCAUUGUUGUGUUGGGGUUCUCUUUAAGGAACUUUACCGAGAUGGUUCAGGAGAGGUAUCUUACUGCGGAGAAGCGGGUUGAAAUGCACAUUAUUCUCAGCGAGUACUUUUCAGGCCAGUGGAGUCAAGGCCAACUCAAACCUAUACAUUUGCCUUCGCUGAAAACCCAACUAAAUGCUGACAGAAAGGUACCCUGUCAGCCCCUGUGGUUUACUGAAGGAAUCGCCAAUCUUAGGAUGCUGCACGAACUGCCUUAUCACCUUAUACAUGCAGAGAAAUUGGAGGAACUGUGUAAAGCAGUGAUAGGUAAUCUGGAGUGGUUAUAUUGCAAGACUCUCAGCUGUGGAGUGGCCAGUGUAAUUCAGGAUCUGUCACUCUGUCUUGAUGUCAUGGACUGUCCUGAAAUCAAGCUCAUCCGUGACUGCUUUCUACUGCUGAAGCCCACCAUAGAUUUUAUUGAUGGACACAUUGACCCAUCCCUCCUGUUCACCGAGCUAUGUGCCAGACUUCAGGCUCUCGCCCCUGCGUAUCACUCUCUGAUUGGAUGCCUCUGCUCUGAUUGCCAUGAUUGGUUUGCUUCCUGUCCAGACCCUGUACUUGUGCCCAAGUGUACCUUCCUACAAUCCCCGGGAGGGCCUUUGGAAAGCACGCUCAGUAGUUUUGUAAAAGGAUUUACAGCAGUGGAUGUUUGUGCCGAGAGGGAUUUGCUGAUAGCAGGUUCUGUAGAUGGAGUGCUGAUAUUGUGGGACCUAAAACAUCUCGAGGUGCUUCAUACACUUGUAGGACACACAGGGGCGGUUCAGUCUGUGAAGCUUGUACAAGGAGGUGACCAUUGCUUAUCUACUGGACUUGAUGGUUCUCUUAAGAAAUGGAGUCUGCUUAGUGGAAAACAGAUCUACUGCAUCCCUGCUGCAGUUUCAGUCCAGCCCUGGUCUGCUGAACAGAUCCUUGUGUUUGAGUCUAGUGCCAUGGUUCUUUCUAAUGCACAAGGACAAGUCAAAUCAUGGCAUUUGGACACUGGUGAGCUCCUUUAUGAAGCUGAUGUGAAUGGAGAGUGUUCGAUUCUUGCUGGACUGGGAGAGGACGUGGCAGUGCUGUCCAGUGAUGGCCAGCUCUGGCUCCAUGACUCGAGCACUGGUGCACAGAAAUCCCACAGCCAGCUCAGCUCUGAACAGGGUUUCACUGUAUCCACUGUCCUCACACUUCCCAGACAUGAUAGACUCCUUGUUGCAUGCCAGGAAAGAUCACUGCUAUUGGUCUCAGCUACUGGGACUGUGGCAGAUGUUGAGCUUCUUGCUCCGGCUUCGUUUAUGUGCACCUCUGAGGAUGAGAAUGUGCUUUUUGCAGGCUGUGAGAGGACGUUGGCUGUCCUGCAUGUGAAUUCAGCCACUGUUCAGAAAACUCUGGAAUUUCAGCAUGAGGCCACAGUCUUAUCAGCAGUUUCUUACAGCAGUGGAAGCAAGGUCAUCACCGGCUCUCAGGAUCAUGUCAUACGGCUUUGGGGUUUAAUCACUGGUCAGCUGCUAGAUUGCUUCAGUGGUAUGGGAUCUCCUGUCACCUUCCUGUCCGUGUACAACACCAUAAUCAUCUCUGCUUCAACUACCUCUGAUUGCUUUAAACUGUGGCAGCCAGAAUACAAUCCCAAGCACAAAAGCCAGCCUUGUAUCCCUGCCAACUGCCCGAGGGUGGUCGCAUGCAAAGAUGGCAACACUGUUCACUUUAUCAGAAAAGAGGACAGAAAAAAGGUGUUCACAUGGAGCUUUUCUGAUGGUGAGCCAAACUGUCUGUCCCCCGACUUGAUGGACGUUUCCUCCGAGGUGUGCUGCAUGGAACUGGCUCAACAGAAACGUCUGCUCUUCUGUGGCCUCUGCAAAGGUACCGUUCUCAUCUACCCUUUAGAUUUUGCCCAGGAGACUCUAUGCCUGCUUCCUCCAGAAAGCCUGCACGCUGUGCGCAGCAUGGCCAUCAGUUCCAGGGAGGACAAGAUCGCUGUGGCCUAUGAGGAUGAGGUGUGCUUGUUCGAGAUCACAGCAAGGGAUAGCUUUCCGUGUGUGGAGGGUCCAUCCCACAGAUACUCCCUGUCCCUGCUCCACUCUCCUGUGUCCGCCAUGGCUUUGCUGCCCGACUGCAGACUCCUGUACGGCACUCUUGGGGGGGAAGUGGCUAUCUAUGACUUUCGGAGUGCCUCAGCAGCAGAGCUGGAUCACCAUGCGUCUGCUAUCACCUGCAUCGCAAUGAGCAACUGGGAUACACACGCUCUGGUCGGGUCAGCGGACUGUGUGCAGAAACUUUGGAGUUUGAAACCCAUGAUGUUGGACCAUACCAUGGAGUACAAGGGUUUUUACUUCGAAGGGGUUCUGUGUGCUGCCUUCUCUGUAAAUGAUAAAUAUGUGUUCACUGGUUCUCAGGACAAAACCAUCAAAGUUUGGGAUGUAUCUACAGGGUCCCUCUUGUAUAUCCAGUACGUCUACGCGGCUGUUAUUAGAAUUACACCACACAAGGAUGGGUUUGUAGCCAUUUCACAGAAUGGUUCCUUUAUUAAGGAGGGCUUUCACUGUCCCUACACUCUGCCAUCAGAUUAUAACCCACUCCGAAACUUCAGGGCUCACUAUCGUGUUACUUCACGUGAGAAAAGUCUGGACCCCACUCACAAUCUCUUUAAAGAUAUCCACAGUUAUAAUCCACUUCAGUUUAACCUUAUGAGUGUAUUGAAGACGAAAAAAUCCAACACAUGUGUGGUUCUAUAGAACACACACACACACACACGUACACACGUGUUUUUCAUG